AGUCCGAGGGAUAUAUCAACAACCUAGGAAAGCAGCCAUGGAUGCUUAGGGUUUGGUUCCAGUUUGAGCGCGGUAUGGUCACUCGAGGUUCGCCAUGGACCAGUCUGUUCAGCGCUUGUUGAACGACAAGCUCUACGAUAAGAGAAAACAGGGAGCUUUAGAGCUCGAGAAGAUCGUCCGUGAUGCUACAAUAAAAGGGGAACACGACAAGAUCCGAGAGAUCGUAGAUCAACUGUGCCACGACUACGCUUACGCCGUUCAUCAGCCACAUGCUCGUAAUGGAGGACUUAUUGGAUUAGCCGCCGCUUCGAUUGCUUUGGGAUCGGAAGGUGUAGCUCCAUAUCUGCAAGAAAUCGUUCCGCCGGUUCUCGCUUGUUUCUCCGAUCAAGAUGCACGAGUGAGAUACUAUGCAUGCGAGAGCAUGUACAAUAUUGCCAAGGUUGCUAAGGGGGAGAUUUUGCCAUUCUUCAAUGACAUAUUUGAUGCUCUUUGCAAGCUAGCUUCUGACUCCGAGCUUUCGGUCAAGAAUGGCGCCGAGUUACUCGAUCGUCUGGUCAAAGAUAUUGUCGCUGAAUCAGCUGCGUCAUAUGUCUCUGUGUUGCAACUUGGGGAGAAGCCGUUACAGGAGUUGGACCAGGGUCGAGAUCCAGAUGAAACAUCGGUCGAACUUCCAACAGCAUUUUCGCUUCCAAUGUUUAUACCGUUGUUGCAAGAGCGUAUACAUGUUCUCAAUCCUUUUACUCGAACAUUCCUUGUCUCCUGGUUAACUCUGCUCGACACAAUCCCAGACUUGGAAUUGGUGUGUUACCUGCCUGCGUUCCUUGGAGGGUUGAUCAAAUUUCUAGGAGACCCCAACAAAGAUGUAAAUGUUGCCACUCAGGGGCUUCUCGAAAGAUUUCUUUCUGAAAUUAAAAGAAUCGCCCGUAUUAAAAAAGGUAUUGCGGAAAGCAAGAAGAGCAAAGAGGAGAUUGCAGCGGCUGCAGCUACUAGUGAAAAUACGAGCGUCGUCACAGGUAACAGUGAUGAAGUAGGAGGCAGUGACGAUGUUGUGGCAGAGUCUGUCUCUGCGGACGGGAAUGAUGACGAGCAAAGCAUAAUUGUUGACGGGGACUGGGUACCUGGUCAGGAUGCUUAUAUAGACUAUCCGAAGAUCUUGGAGAUCUUGGUAGGCUUUGUCGACACUACAUAUGAUGAGGAAAUGCAAUUGACGGCCCUGCGAUGGAUCGAUACUUUUUUCGAAAUCAGCCCUGAAGAUAUACUUCAAUUCGUCCCAGCACUUUUGAUUCAGGUUCUUCCGGCAAUAUCGAGUGGUUCAGAUCAAGUAAGACAGGCGGCAACAAGGGUUAAUACAUCACUCAUGGAAUAUAUUGUUUCUCUGUCGGAUGAAACAAUGGAAAGCUAUACAUCUAAAGGGAAAGAAGGUGAAGAAAGAAGGGCAUCCGUACAGAGUGGAAAACCUUCUCUUGAUAAUCAAAGCAAUGAUAGUCCUUCUUCCAGCCCACCAUCGGACCUGGACUAUGCUGCAGCGGUCAAUUCCUUGACCCUACAAUUCUUGAAUGAAAAUGAGGGCACCAGAGUCGCUGCUCUGUCAUGGCUGAUUAUGCUUCAUCGAAAAGCACCUCGCAAGGUUCUGGCUUUUAAUGACGGCACGUUCCCUGCUUUGCUGAAGACGCUAUCAGAUCCGGCUGAGGCAGUCGUCACCAAAGAUCUUCAGCUUCUAUCUCAGAUUUCACGUAAUAGUGAAGACGGAUACUUCACUUCCUUUAUGAUUAACCUUCUCCAGCUGUUCUCGACCGACAGAAAACUCUUGGAAGUGCGUGGGAAUUUGAUCAUUCGUCAGCUAUGUAUGAACUUGAGCCCGGAACGUAUCUAUCGCACACUGGCAGAUUGUCUCGAAAAAGAAGAUGACAUUGAGUUUGCUAGUAUAAUGGUGCAGAAUCUCAAUAAUAACCUGAUAACAGCACCAGAACUUUCUGAUCUGAGGAAGAGGUUGCGAAGCUUAGAUAGUAGGGAAGGGCAAACAUUGUUUGUUGCACUGUUCCGGUCAUGGUGCCACAACGCCGUUUCCACAUUUUCCCUAUGUCUGCUUGCGCAAGCAUACGAACAAGCGUACAAUCUCUUGCAAAUCUUUGCCGAGUUGGAGAUGACAGUGAAUAUGCUGAUUCAAAUCGACAAAUUGGUACAACUUUUGGAAUCUCCAGUAUUUACCUACCUUCGAUUGCAGUUGCUGGAACCUGACAAGUAUCCACAUCUAUAUAAAUGCUUGUAUGGAGUCCUCAUGCUUCUCCCUCAAAGCUCAGCAUUUGCUGCUUUGAAGAACCGACUGAACAGUGUGAGCAAUAUUGGCUUAUUACAAGGUCCUCGUCCUCCUGUCACCGCUGGUGGAGGUUACGAACGACCUUCAGGGAGUCGCUUGAAAAGUCGUGAAGAUAGCUCUGUACGGUGGGUCGAAUUACUGGACAAAUUCAAGAACGUACAAGAAAAAGCAAAGCGGCAUCAACGAGCAUCGCAGCGGCAGUUUGAAGCAGAUUCAACAGGCACCGCCUGCAAACAGCCUUCACUGGUUGGUGCAUUGUCUGUUGCAGCUGCAACCGACCAUCAAGGCAGCAGGGACAAGGUUCUUCCUGAUGUACCUAGAAGCGGAUUCGGAAACGCAGGGCUUGGAAUAUCUGGCCGCACCUCGGAUGGUACAGCACGAGACGGUCGAUCUACCCCGACAUCCACAAAUAAAAGCAAGUCUAGUUUAAGUCAUCUUGGUCGAUUGGGCAUUGGCGGUAGGAAAAAGCACUGAAAUUGGCUCGUCAAGGACUUUUCCACAAACCGAAGCUCAACUAACUUUUUCGGUGCUAUGACAACAACGAUAUACUUUUAUACUAUAGGGUUAUGGUUUGUUCCUUUUGAGCAUUUCGUAGUGAGAUAGUUACGUGAUACCAGUCAUACCACAAGAUACCACAAAGACCUUAUGCAAGUCUCUGAACUGCCCGGUCUUCUCUUAUUAAAUCUAUGAAUAUAGCUAAUCUUGC